GAAUCUUGAUGUCAGACUCUCUGUUCGUGUUUUUGUACAUCUCGUACCUUAAAAAGCUAUUCCUGGAGUGUAACAGUAGCUGUGAGAAUCUCCCACCUCGUGAAGAUUUCCAGCACCCCACUAUUUUAAUUUUAGAAGAACACCAGAUCUUUUGUUAUUUCAGUCCCCCGGAAACUCAGAAUCAAAAGAAAAAAAAAUUAACCAUAGAAGCCUUCAUAAACGUUAAUUGCAUUUUCCUUUCAUAGUCUCCAGAAUAGAUUUUGAUCUUGCUUUUAGAAUAAUAUUGCCCUCCUGUGGUCAAACGACAGUUUAGACAGCUAGCUCGAUUCACCCUUUCAUGCUGUGAUGGGAUUGGCUCAUCAGAAUGAUUCACCGAUUUUUACUUUGAAACGGAGACAAGAUUUUCACACGGGAGUCUAGGGAUACUCGACAAAAGACGCCUCCGUUACUUCCGAGGGUCUCGGACUCAGCUACCCCACUGCAGAUACAACCAUAACCUGCACAACACAGACAGACCUGUGCUUGCUCAGAUGGGUGGACGUGAAUUUCAGAGAGAUGCUUCUGGAAACAACGCUGCUCAGGUAAACUCCCAUGGUAAUGCAUGAAAAAUGGAAGCGGUAAGCCUCGCUCCAGUAGGAGAGAAUUGCUUUUAAACAACUCGUGCCUGCUGUGUCGUGUGUGGAGUUGGAGCUGAGCAGAGCCGCCGGGAGGGCACGUGUGACAGGAGCCACAGUUGCAGGUUGGAGGGUGCCGGCUGCCCCAGCUCUCUGUGCCUUGCCAGUGUUGACAGAGUGUGUACAAGCCCACCCCACCGAGCAGAUUGACUCAGCCUGGCCACCCUGCGCAGCAUGUCCCUCCGUGAGCAUGCACUGUCCCUCUUCCGCAGCGCGGUGGACACCGUCCGGCCGGCUCCAAUGCUGAAGAGGGCUGUGAAGCUCCAGGGAGACGGAUGCCCUCAGCUGCUGGUGAAGGGCCAAGCCUUUCCAGUGAAGAGGGACCUGUACCUGGUGGGUUUUGGCAAAGCUGUGCUGGGGAUGGCCGCGGCAGCGGAAGAGAUCCUGGGAGAACACCUCAUUCGGGGGAUCAUCAGUGUGCCGGAGAUGCUCCUGAAGCCAGACAGCAAAAUCCAGGUCAUCGAAGGUGCCAAGAACAACCUCCCGGACCCAGAGGCUCUGAAGGGAGCAGUUGCCAUCCAGGAACUGGCUGAGGGUCUGACUGUGGACGACCUGCUCCUUGUGCUCAUCUCAGGGGGUGGAUCAGCCCUACUGCCUGCUCCCAUCCCUCCCAUCCUCCUCAAAGAGAAGGAGAAACUCACAAAGAUGCUGGCUUCCCGAGGAGCUGCCAUACAGGAGCUGAAUAUUGUCCGGAAGACUCUGUCCUUGCUGAAGGGUGGCGGGCUGGCCCGGCUCGCAUAUCCUGCACGGGUGGUGAGCCUCAUCCUUUCUGAUGUGAUUGGUGACCCCCUGGACAUCAUAGCGAGUGGGCCCACUGCUGCCAGCUCCCACAGUGUCCAAGACUGCCUUCAGAUACUCGCCAAAUACAACCUGCUGCACCACCUGCCCAAGUCAGUGGAAACGGUCCUGUCCAGCUCUCCCACCAAGCUCACUGCUAUGGAAGACUACUCCCACGUUUGCAACAUCAUCAUCGGGUCAAACACACUGGCUUUAGACGAGGCCAAACACCAAGCCGAGGGCCUGGGCUACGCAACUCUGCUUCUGAGUGCGGCAAUCUGCGGGGAAGUCAGCCGCGUCGCCACGCUGUACUGCCAGCUGAUCCGGCUGGUCUGCCUGGGCUUCUCUGGCCUCGGGGAAGGGACCCUGAGUGACGAGGUGAGAGGGAAUCUCCUACAGCUGGCAGCAGAGCUAGAGAUCCCGGGUUUGAACCUUGCUGAGUUUCUACAGGCCCUGCGAGGAUUAGGGCCUGAAAGACCAGUCUGCAUCCUGGCCGGUGGAGAAACCACGGUUCAGCUUCAUGGAACUGGCAAGGGAGGGAGGAACCAGGAGCUGGCCCUGCACGUGGGGCUGGGGCUGCACAGGGCACAGGCGGUGGAGACCAGCAGCCCCCUGGGGAGGUGCGAGAUCGUCUUCCUCAGUGGGGGAACGGAUGGGCAGGACGGGCCGACGGAGGCGGCAGGGGCCUUCUGCAGCCCAGAGCUGGUGGCUGAGGCGCUGCAAGAGGGCCUCAGUGUGGAGGCCUUUCUCAGCAACAAUGACUCCUAUACGUUCUUCAGCCAGUUCCAAGGUGGGCAUCACCUCCUGGUGACAGGCUUGACGGGCACCAAUGUCAUGGACAUCCAGGCCAUUUUAAUUAGAGCCACGGAGAGAUCAUGAGACAUCCCUCUGCAGAUACCCAGAUGCAUUUAAUUAGGGCCGGGGGGUAAAUGAAGGCAUCAACACUGCAGACAAAUGUAAACUACUUAAAUUAGGGCUCACUGUCGAGGGUGCUAAUAUCUUUGACAGAAAGAAUCCACUAAUUAGACACAUGAGUGGAUGUCCACAGCAAAAGCAAGCACUUGUAAUUGGGAUCAGAGGAAGGUAGGAGGUCACAUUACAGACACGGAGGCCGGAUUUAACACUUCUGCUGAGAGCUGCCACUCUUGUGACUGCUUCAACUCUAGUUAAAAGAUGCGGGGAAAUUGAGGCCAUGGUGGGGCUGCCAGGGAGAGCCCUUGCUGUGGCUGUUGCACCUCCAGUGCGCCCAGCUGAAGAACAGCUCAUCGGGGGGGGCUUUUGCAGGUUCACAGAAGUGCAUUACAGCGUCUGAAGGAUGUAAAAGCAAUAGCAAGGCCUGCCCAGCUGGAGGCAUGGAGGUGCUGGGGGACACACUGGGAAGGGGACACCCAGCACCAGCUCCACGCACCAGCACAGUGCCCUGCAGGUCCUCCCACACCAGGGUGCCCUAGGCGACACAGGGACCCUGAGCCCAGCACGAUGCACACCCAGCAGCGCGGCUAAGGAGCACGUUGGACGAGAGCAGCGUUUCGUCUUGGACGCGUGACACAAAAGCAGUGCACAGUGACACAGAGGGUGGUAUACCUUCACUGUGCAGCAUGAGGAAGGGGACGAUUGAGGUGCAGUGGCGAGCCAGCUGAGUGGAGCCCUUCUCCUCCAGCCUUGCUGAUCCCUGUUGGGAGAGUCUCCGUGGCAGCGGUGUGUAUGCUAUGAGCUUUCACGGUGUUGUCUUCCAACUGCCUAGAAAACAGUCGUGCAUCCAGCCUGAGCCACUGACCUUUCUUCCGCGCUGAGGCAGAAGUCGUUGUCACUCUGAUUAACUCGGCUAAUUCUGCAGAACAAAAGGCAAGGAAACCUUCACGCUCGGCUCUCCUGACCCAUGCUGCUGAGCUGAUCAAAGGGCAAAGCUGCCGGAGCCGUGCUUUGACAGGGAGCCUUUCCCCUGCAUGUAUGAGGACGUGGUGGUUAUCGCAGUUUCAUCACCUACUGCAGUGCAAUAUGUAGGAGAGCAGAGAUGAGCUGGCUUUCCCAGGAUGUGGAGCCCAUGGUGGGGCUGGAUUUCAGAAGGGCUCUGCCUGUAGUAACAGGCACUGUGACGGUUUUGGCUGGAUAUUCAAAGGACUUCAGCUCAGCAGCCAGUAUGACCCAACACGUCCGACUCCUUUUGAAUAUCUGCCUGUUUGUUACAGAGCCUAAGUGGGAGCUGAGCUCCUUUGAAAAUCCAGCCCUAAUUUAAUAGGACACGCUUGACUCAGAUUCUUUCCAGACAGACCUACUCCAUGUGGCUGAUCUCGUCUCGUGACAUAAAUACACCAUCCUGCCAACACUGUGAGUCGUGGUGUCUCACUGAACAAUCAUUCUGUGCCCCGCUCCAAGAUGGAUCGGAGGGUGGAUUUUUGAGGAGGAUGCGACACCUCCUGCUUUGGUUUCGAAGCCAGUAUCUAACAAGCAGGGAUAUCAGCAGGACCCUCACGGGGCCUGGUAUCAAUGCCAGGCUGGUAGCUGGACUGUCUGGGCCACAGCCCAGGCAUAGCGUCAAGGCACAAGCCUGGGGAUUUCAAAACCCCGGUCUUACCCUGGCGGUUUAAACUCGUCCACGCAUCUCAUUUGUCCUCCGAGUCUGAAGGUCUUCUGUAACAUGCCUGAACUUGCUCGCACUGGCAAACAGCUUUGAGAUCUGCUGGGGAAAACCUGCCAAGCGUUAUAAAGCUCGCUGUGCCCCCGUAAUGUCAGGUGGUGGUUGCACAGGAGAAGCUGCUUUGUGCCGUGCAUUUUUCUCCGGAGGUCGCCAGCAGGUUGCUGGCAGGUCGCCUCCUCCGUGCCCAGCAUGCCAGCACCGCGGGGGCACUAACGCGCAGUGAUACAGUCAAAAAGUAUGGGCUGCGGCCAGGAGAACUCGCUAAAGCUGGCUCCAAAAUGUAGUUAAUGCUUCCUGUCCAAUUCUGCUCCAGUGAAAUCCAGAGUGACUCCGGUUUCGGGCUGGGGUGCCUGGCAGAAGGGUCCCUGGCAUCUUCAGCAGCAGGUCUGGCACGCCAGCCUGGGCACGCUGUCACAGGCCCCCCGUACCCCUGCAGCCCUGCCACAUUGCUGAGCACCCUGCUAGUCCUUGGAGCUGCUGCUUGCGCCGCGUCAUGGCCAAGUUCAGAAGACCUUGGGCUAGCGCUCGCCAGCUUCUCCUGGGAAAUGCCUACGUGUACCCUGAGCGGUGUCCUUGCUUUCUAAACAGUGGCUUUUCACUAACGAUUAAAAAGAGUUUGUGUGGGGGAGAAGAGAAGGCUAAUAAAAGGUUUGUUGAAAGGAUGGAGCUGUUUGAAGUGCAUUUCACAUCUACAUUUGCUCGGCCUCCAUAUACGGUUUUUGUUCUUGUCCCUUCUUUUCUAAUGAGAUAACAGGACAGGGGGAGGUUGGCCAAGGACACCCAGGUUACAGAAACACUCUUCUGAUGCUUCUACCUGGAUAGAUCGAAGCUCCGUUUCUGAGGGAUUGCUUGGGUGGACCUUAUACAUCUCCUGCCUAGGGAGGAAAGGAGCUUUGGAGCGUGUGCACCCCUUACAAACAAGGCAUCAUUUUAUUCCUCUGGACAAUGCUCAGCACAGAAUUGCCUCUUACUGCUCCAGCCCGGAGCCAGCUCCCUCUGACCUGCAGUCCCUUCGCGGACAGCAAAAGACCCCACGCAUGAACCAGCAUACAUUUGGGCCGCGCUGGUCGGGUUUUGCAAGGAUUUGUGAGAUAACAGUUGCAUCUAAAGACGCAACAGCAUUCCUUACCUGCGAAGUAACGAUUUGCCUCUGGGCUGUCGGAGCCUGCCAGGAGCGAUGACUUCCCUGUCGGGAACUUGAGUGAGUCACAGCAGCCGAGCAGGGCUUUGCAGCUUGCCCGCGCUGUCCUGGAUGGGAUAUUAGCAUCAUGUGAGCGUACCCGGGCAAGUGAAGAAACCCGGAGGGCGACUGUGGUCACACCAAGUGAUCCCAGCCUGCGGGGCCAUGCUGGGCCCAGCUCUGCGCCAUCCUGGCUCUGGCAUGCUUGCGCCUAAGGAGACAAGUCACAGAAGGAGCGAGGACAAUAAAAGCUGCUUGGUUUUG